UCGGCGGCCAGUGCAGGCCCGGAGGCGGGAGCCACCGGGCAGGGGGCGGGGGUGAGCCCCGACGGCCAGCCCGUCAGCUCUCGCCUCAGACGGGCGGGAGCCACGGCCCCGCUCGCUCCCCAUUGUCUGCGCCCCUGACCGGUGCGCCCUGGUGCCACGGUGCGGCCCGGCGGGCAGCCUCCUAUCGUCACUUCAGCCAGCGCCGCAACUAUAAGAGGCGGUGCCGCCCGCCGUGGCUGCCUCAGCCCACCAGCUGGGACCGCGAGCCAUGCUGCCCGCCGCCCGCCCCCAGGGCUGUUAGAGCCAGACUGCGAAUUCUCGCCACCGCCGCCACCGCCGCGACCCGUCCCACCGUCGCGGGCAGCAGCCAAAGCCGCCCCAACUUCAGCACAGAGCAGGCGAGGCCGGGCAGGCCAUGGGGCACUGGGCGCUGCUGCCCGGCUGGGUUUCUGCUACGCUGUGGCUGGCGCUGGCCGCUCUGCCCGCAGCCCUGGCCGCCAACAGCAGUGGCCGAUGGUGGGGCAUCGUGAACGUAGCCUCCUCCACGAACCUGCUGACCGACUCCAAGAGUCUACAACUGGUGCUCGAGCCCAGUCUUCAGCUGCUGAGCCGCAAACAGAGGAGGCUGAUCCGCCAGAACCCGGGGAUCCUGCACAGCGUGAGCGGGGGGCUGCAGAGCGCUGUGCGAGAGUGCAAGUGGCAGUUCCGCAACCGCCGCUGGAACUGCCCCACGGCUACGGGGCCCCACCUCUUCGGCAAGAUCGUCAACCGAGGCUGUCGGGAAACGGCGUUUAUUUUCGCUAUCACCUCCGCCGGGGUUACCCAUUCGGUGGCGCGCUCCUGCUCAGAGGGCUCCAUCGAGUCUUGCACGUGCGACUAUCGGCGGCGCGGCCCUGGGGGCCCCGAUUGGCACUGGGGGGGCUGCAGCGACAACAUCGACUUCGGCCGCCUCUUCGGCAGGGAGUUUGUGGACUCCGGGGAGAAGGGGCGGGACCUGCGCUUCCUCAUGAACCUUCACAACAACGAGGCUGGCCGCACGACUGUGUUCUCUGAGAUGCGCCAGGAGUGCAAGUGCCACGGGAUGUCGGGCUCGUGCACGGUGCGCACGUGCUGGAUGCGGCUGCCCACGCUGCGCGCCGUGGGCGACGUGCUGCGCGACCGAUUCGAUGGCGCCUCGCGCGUCCUGUAUGGCAACCGCGGCAGCAACCGCGCCUCGAGGGCGGAACUGCUGCGCCUGGAGCCCGAGGACCCGGCGCACAAGCCGCCCUCCCCCCACGACCUCGUCUACUUCGAGAAAUCGCCCAAUUUCUGCACGUACAGCGGACGCCUGGGAACGGCGGGCACGGCCGGGCGCGCCUGCAACAGCUCCUCGCCCGCGCUGGACGGCUGCGAGCUGCUCUGCUGUGGCCGGGGCCACCGUACGCGCACACAGCGCGUCACCGAGCGCUGCAACUGCACCUUCCACUGGUGCUGCCACGUCAGCUGCCGCAACUGCACGCACACGCGCGUACUGCACGAGUGUCUGUGAGAUGCUUCGCGGACUCGCCCCAGGAGCGUUCCCCUCUAGCCCACCCGGAUACGUGCCCACCCAGUCCCUCCAGCCACAACCCCCGCAAUUCAUACGUGCGCGAUCAUUUCUCCCACCUCCUCCUAUCGGGGGACUCCUGAAACCACUUGCCUGGGCCGGCAUGAACCCUCUUGCCAUCCUGAUGGACCUGCCCCGGACCUACCUCCCUCCCUCUCCCGGGAGACCCCUUGUUGCACUGCCCCCUGCUUGGCCAGGAGGUGAGAGAAGGAUUGUUCCCUUCCCCGUGGGGGUCAGCUUCUGACCGUGUGGCUCUGCUUCCUCCACCGCGCCAGUGAGCCCCCCCCCCCCCCCCCGCCUCUCUCCCUCCCCUUUAUCCUCCGUUUUUUCUCCAGAUCUUCUUACGCCCUUCCCAUUCUCCUGCCAAGGGUGCAGACGCUGAACACACACCUGGACAGCAGGGCCUUUCUCCUCCCCACCUACAACGGAACCGGGAGGUUCUAGGGUGAAAGGGCAGCUGUGGUGAUGUGGAAAAGGAGGUUGGGGGACCCAGCAGAAAUACCCCCAUUCUCCCAGCCUCUGUCAUGGAGCCAUUGAACAGCUGUGAGCCAUGCCUCCCUCACCCACCUCCUACCCCUUCCUGUCCUGCCUCCUCAUCAGUGUGUAAAUAAUUUGCACUGAAUCGUGGAUACAAAGCCACGAGUUUGGUUGUUGUAAAUAAAACUAUUUAUUGUGCUGGGUUCCGGCCUGGCUUGCAGAGACCACUUCCACCCCACCCCAGUCCCUCUCCCUUCUCCUCUCCUUCUGCUCUCCAGCCUCUUCUGAUCCCUCUCUUCCUCUCCCCAAUUUCUCAAAGAUGCCGUUGCCUACCGGAAUCAGCAUUUCCUUCCAUUGUAGCUAUUAGUGGCUCCCCACCCCCACCGAUGUAGUAUCUUCCU